AUGGGAUGUCCAUCAUCUAAACCAUAUUCAAAUACUCCUCAAGGACAAGUUUAAAAAAAAAAUAAGGCUGAUUAAUUAUAUAUUUAAAUAGUUGGAUUAAAAAAUCCAGGAAAGCAAUACUUAUAAUCAUUAAUUUCAUAACCAGAUAAAAGCUUCAUAGAUUCUAGUGGAAGCUCGUAAUCAGAAUUUAGAAAUAAAACAUACUCUUAGUGUUUUAACAGAAAAAUAAAUUUUCAAGAAUAUGAAUAAAUUGAAUUAGUGAGAUUAGAAUAAAAUAAGGAAUCUAAAACCUAUGUAGUUUUUGUAAUUGAUAACGGAGAUGUAGAUUGCAUGAAGCACUUAUAGGAAUAAAUAGAACAAGCCAAAGCAAAUGAUAUUAAGUUCAAAAUAAUAGUAAUGAAUUGCAAAGAUUAAAAUGAUUUAAAUCAAACAAAAAUGUAAGAAUUAGAAUAAACCGAUUUAACAUUAUAUUAUGAUAACUAUGAAGAAGAUAAGCAAAAAAUUAAAAAAUUUUUCACUGAAAUUGAUGGAGGUGAGUAAUAUGAAGAAGAUAAUUAAUCUAGGACAGAUAUUAAUAUAUAAAAUUAGAAAAAUAAAUAAUAAGCUAACAAAUAAAAAAUGAAAUGA